CUUACCCGUGCAGCAGCCUCUGGGCCUCAGCCUCCGUCAUUUCCAAAGCGGAUCGUUUGUUGUCAAAAUGGAGUUUCUACUUGGAAAUCCUUACAGCACGCCUGUGGGCCAGUGUAUAGAGAGAGCCACAGACGGAGGCCUACAGAGUGAGGACUGGACUCUGAACAUGGAGAUCUGUGACAUCAUAAACGAGACAGACGAGGGGCCGAAAGACGCCAUGCGGGCCCUGAAGAAGAGACUGAGCGGCAACAAGAACUACAGAGAGGUCAUGCUGGCGCUGACGGUGUUGGAGACGUGUGUAAAGAACUGCGGUCACAGGUUUCACAUCCACGUGGCCCACAGAGAUUUCAUUGACGGCGUCCUGGUCAAAAUCAUCUCCCCCAAAGCCAAUCCUCCCACAAUAGUGCAAGACAAAGUUCUUUCUCUCAUACAAUCCUGGGCCGAUGCCUUCAGGAGCAGUCCUGACCUGACUGGCGUGGUUCACAUUUAUGAGGAGCUGAAGAGGAAAGGCGUUGAGUUUCCAAUGGCCGACCUGGAUGCUUUGUCUCCCAUCCACACGCCGCAGAGGGGCACGCCUGAAGUGGACCCAGCGAUGAUGAAGUACCUCGCUCCUAACGCCUCGGCUGCUGUUAGCCCUAAACCCAUUCAGCCCACUCCCACCGCCACGCAGGCCUCCAACAUCCCCAGCCCCGUCACUGCCACCCCUGAACAGAUCGCCCGGCUGCGGAGCGAGCUGGACAUCGUGAGAGGAAACAUCAAAGUCAUGUCAGAGAUGCUUACGGAGCUGGUCCCCGGCCAGGAAGACGCUUCUGACCUAGAGCUGCUCCAGGAGCUGAACAGAACGUGCCGCGCCAUGCAGCAGAGAGUGGUCGAGCUGAUAAGUCGCGUGUCCAACGAGGAAGUGACCGAGGAGCUGCUGCACGUCAAUGACGACCUCAACAACAUAUUCCUUCGAUAUGAGAGGUAUGAGAGAUACAGAUCGGGCAGAGCUGCACAAAACAACGGGAUGUUAGCGGAGCCGACAGAAGACAACCUCAUAGACCUGGGCCCGGGCUCCCCUGCCGUGGUUACACCCAGAGUUAUGUCCAGCCCUUCGUCCAGCUCCGCCCAGAGAGCCACGGCCUCCCCGGCCCACAACCCUUCCACAGCCUACAUAUCUACUGCACUCGCUAGUCUUGAUGUGGGUUCUGACAGUGUUAGCAGUACCCUCACGUCUCUGUCGGGCCACAAGGACGACUUUGACAUGUUUGCCCAAACCAGGAGCAGCUCACUGGCGGAGCAGCGCAAAAAUGUAAAAUAUGAAGACCCCCAUGCCCUGGGAGGUUUGGCCUCUGCUUUGGACGUGAGGCAACAAAACACAAGUGGGCUGAGGGUAAAAGGGGAUGAUAACCCAGCAGAUCAGGAGCUGCCCAUAGACAGCUGGCUUAUUACCCAAGGAAUGAUCCCCGUAUCGCAGUCCUCUGUCAUGGAUGAUAUAGAGGAGUGGCUCUGUGCUGACGUGAAAGGAGAUGCUGCUGAGGAGGGAGUGACCAGUGAAGAGUUUGAUAAGUUCCUGGAGGAGCGAGCUAAGGCAGCGGACACUCUGCCGUCUCCCCCCGGAGCUAACCCUCCUCACCCCGCUCGUCCCCCCACCGGCUCCCACAAGAAGUCUGAGCGGACGGAGGACGCCCUCUUUGCCUUGUAGACUGUUUGCAGCGAACAUUAGCUUCUCCAGCGGGGGAAUCGGAAGGUCAUCGCAAACAAUUCCCCUCCAAAAGCAGCUCUUCUAGUUCCAUUUUAUUGCCGACUGAAUGGAAGUGGUGUGCCGAGUGAGCUCUACUUCCUUGCUCCUCCUACGCUUAAACCCAUUGAGGUCAAUGGCGUUUACUGCACACUCUGCCGUCUUGAGUUUUACUAUGAAUGGAUGUACAGGUCUGUUAUCGUGGGAUGUAAAACUUGCAGGCCCGCGGCUCAUUUGCAGCAGUCCCACCAAAUGAAGACAACCUAACUCGUCUCACGUGGCAUAAGAAUGUAGUAUAUUACUGCUAAGACGAACAGAAACUGCAGGCGUACAGUUAGAAUAUUAUUUUACUACAUUCAGCUAAUUGCUAAUUGCAUUUGUUUUUCUAAUGGUUUAAGCUAUACAAUGUACUACAGUGGUGGUUGUGGUUCAUCGAUUAUGUCUUUAAAUCAGCAAAUGUUCCAUUUAAGGAUCCUUAAUAGAUAGAAAUGCUGUGUCACCCUGCUUGCCAAUAACACUGCAAAGCAAGAGGCUGAUUUAUUAUUAAAAAGAAAUAUUCUGGAAAAACACAAUAAACCACGCAUUUCACGGCAUACCUCUAGCCAAAAGGGAAAUGUAAUAGUAACGGCAACAAAAGGAAACUCAUUAACGCAUUUCAAAGCACUGAAGGGAAGAGAGUUGCCCAUUGGCUAUUUUGUAGAUUCAAAAAAAAUAUAUACAAACAUGAAGCGGGAACAGCAACAAGCUACAAGCACCUUUUAGCCAUUCCAAAGAAUGUUAAGGCUUUAAUGACCAACUAAGAUUUUAAUUUAUACACAGAGAAUGUAUAAAACGUUGGGCAUAAACUGUGGAGGUCAGUGCAUGUUUUGGUGAUUGAUCGAAAAACAUGUUUUUUUUUGUUGUUUUUUUUUUUUUUAAUCAAGGGAAAAAACCAUAACAUCACAAGCAAAGUGAUAUUAAAAUAGGCCAGAUGUUUUUAUACUCUGUACAGAGUAUAAAAACAUACUCUGUUUGUUCAUAAAUGGGUAGGGUGAAUUUUUUGACAUCUUUCUCACAAUCUGAAUAUUGGGUUAAUAUGUAUCUUACUAUUAACUCUUCAAAAAUUUUAGAAAAAAUAAACUUUUACAUAAGAAAAACGCUCCUCCGAAUGUGCGUAUGUGAUGAUUGAAGAAUUACAUGCCUCUCUGGACAUGUACAAAAAGAGUCAAAUUUCCUUUCCUUUUUUUUUUUGACAGAAUUAAAAUCCAGUAUGAAAUAUUAAAUUCAAGUAUGAGCAUUUUUGGAAUGCUCAUACUUGGAACUGAGCAGAUUUCUUUUCAUAUACAACAUGAACCAUAUGAACAUAUGUUGUCUCGUUUUCUCAUAUUACGACACCGUCCAAGCUUCAACUUGCACAAGCAAAACAUAUGCUUUAAAUCGCAACAUCACUGCAAAUAUAUAACGUUGGGGUAAGGUUUUUAAAUAAUGGCAUCACAUGAUUGUUUUCUGAUGGGGAAGGGGGAAAGGUGGGACUAUACCUUUUUAGGUGUUCAAGCAAAACAUCCCUCAUCGUCAGUUUAUGUAAGAUUAGUUGCCUGUAUCAAGACAUGGAGAAAGUGAUUAAUGUCAUUUCAUACUAAAAAAGUAAAUCAAUAUAAAUUAAAAAUUUUCCCCAUAUAUU